GAGGCGGGAGCUCGGCGCGGCGCCGCCCCGGCCCAGGGCGCCCGGCAAAGAUGGCGUGGCUGGCGGUGCGGCGGCUCGGGCCGGCCCUGGCGCCCCGCUGCCCUCGCCUCACGCUGCGGCCGCCCGCGGUGAGGAGCCUGGCCACCAGCUCGCUGGCGCUGUCCGCCCGCAAAUUCACAGACAAGCACGAAUGGAUAUCAGUUGAAAAUGGCAUUGGAACAGUAGGAAUCAGCAAUUUUGCACAGGAAGCACUAGGAGACGUUGUUUACUGUAGUCUUCCAGAAAUUGGGACAAAAUUGAGUAAACAUGAUGAAUUUGGAGCUCUGGAAAGUGUGAAAGCUGCUAGUGAACUCUACUCUCCUCUCACAGGAGAAGUGACUGACAUUAAUGCUGCCCUUGCCGAUAAUCCAGGGCUCGUCAAUAAAUCUUGUUAUCAAGAUGGUUGGCUUAUCAAGAUGACUGUGGAAAACCCUGCUGAACUUGAUGAACUCAUGAAUGAAGAUGCCUAUGAGAAAUACAUAAAAUCCAUUGAGGACUGAGCUGGAAUAAUCAAAUAAACCCAUAUAAAAUAUUUCAAUGUAGUUUGUCAUCAAUCAAUUAAUGAGGUAGAGAAUAUCCAGUUUUGGUAGCCUGAAAAAUAUCACUUAUGUUCACAUAUGCAAACCAUAAAUAAUUGCAGUGAUAACAUGUUUAACAUACGAAUACCUGCAAGGGAUUUUUAUUCUAGACUGUCUGAUGUAAACAGGAUGUAAAAAAAACAACAGUGCCUCUCUAACCUCCUAGUAUUUUGUACUAAUUAUAGCUGCAGAGAUGAUACCAAAACAGAAGCUAUAUCAACUACCUCUUUGCAUGAUUUUUGUUUACUACUUUGAGUAGUGAAAUAAAGAAGGAAAACACAAAGGAUUAAUAAAUUCUGUAAUCAACUAAUUCUGCCUUUCCAAA